AUGGCAGACUUACCAGCCGCACGAGUCCAGCAAAGUAGGCCGUUCGCGAGAGUAGGGGUUGACUACGCUGGUCCACUUCAAAUGCGUGAAGUGCAACUACGAAAAUCUCGCGUAUAUAAAGUUUAUAUUGCCGUCUUCAUAUGUUUUUCUGUAAAAGCCGUUCAUUUAGAAGUGGUCACAGAGUUGUCAACGGAGGCAUUCCUCGCCGCCUUUGACAGGUUCGUCGCGCGACGAGGCUUACCGUCUGAAAUUUUUUCGGACUGCGGCACUAACUUUAUCGGUGCGGAUAAACAAUUACAGUUAUUGAUUAACAGUCCGGACGGUCAAUGCGCAAUUUCACAAGCGCGCGCAUCAUGCCAAUGGCAUUUUAACCCUCCGAGUGCGCCACAUUUUGGCGGCCUAUGGGAAGCUGCGGUCCGGUCGACCAAACGAUUAUUAAUCCGUACCAUGGGUACCCAUGUACUUACAUAUGAAGAGUUUACCAUCCUGCUCACACGUGUCGAGGCAGUACUUAAUUCGAGACCAUUGACCCCACUAACCACGGACCCGACUGACCUCGAAUACUUGUCCCCUGGACAUUUCUUAAUCGGGCAACCUCUGUUAGCUGUAUCUCACCGAUUAUCAUUCGAAUCACGUGUCAACUUAACUCAACGUUGGAAGUUGCUCGACCAAUGCCAUCAAGCAUUCUGGCGACGUUGGUCAACCGAAUACCUGACUUCACUUCAAGGGAGAUCUAAAUGGACUACUGAAGCCCCCAACGUCAAGGUCAACGACGUGGUAGUAAUAAUCGAUAAUCAGUCUCCACCGUUGGCAUGGCGCCUUGGGCGCAUUCUCGAAUUAUUACCAGGUAACGACGGCGUCGUACGUGUUGUGCGAUUGUUAACAUGUCAUGGCCAAAUCACUCGACCGGUUGCUAAAAUAGUAGUGUUACCCACCCAAUAG